AGGCGGAAACGCAGCAUGGAAAGAGGGAAAGCCGCUUUCGAGAAGGAAUACAAGAGUUCGCCCCGCCGCCGCGCUCAAGGAGAGCUUAUCCGGCGCGCGAAGAGGAGGCUCGCCGCCUCGCCGCUGCAGCUCCGUGCGGUCGUCGUCGGCGGCGGCGCUCUUUCGGUCCUCGCCGGCGGGUCUCGGGAACCGAGUGCUCAAAUGGGUCAUGGCCCAAGGAGGCUGGUCUCUGGUGCAUAUGCCAUGCCACCCUGGGUGCCUAUUGAAGUGAAAAUUGAUCAGAAAUGGAAACGAGCAUUUGUAUUGAGACAAGCCGAUCACAGGGGACUCUGUCUUGUAAGAGUUACAGGGACACCCGAUGCUGAGCCAGUCAUGGUGCCAUUGUCAACGAUUCGAUUACCUUCUCGGGUCCAUCGUGCUAAGAGAAGACCAGAAACUGCCAUGCAAAUACAAGUGAAGAAGGCUAGGAUUGAGCAAAGCAGUGACGACGAAGAAUAGUAUAAUGCAUGCCUGUAAGUAUGUAUGUUGCUAUAACACAUGUUGUUUUUUUAGGAUAUAAGAAUUCUUAGCAACAUUUUUACCUUUCAUGCCUUUGUAACAGAAUAUUUGGUCAUAUUGUAGCCAUGCGAUUCAAAAUUAUUCUUCAAUUGUUGGAUUCGGUGCUUGAAACCUGCUAGCUGCCCGGUGCCCGUUGAGCUAUGGGCCGCAAAGCUUGUUGCUAUACCUGCUAGUUGCUGUAAGAUACGGUUUAAAAAAAAA